GGAUGGCAUCCGGCAUCUCGGCUUGGAGAGGCUCCUCAGGCGAAAGGGCAUGGAAGCCACUGGGACCUUGAGCCUCGGUGGGCCCUACCCCGCUUCCCUCCGGGUGGCGGCGCUGUGACGAGCGACGGACCGGCGCAACGAAAGGCAGCCCUCUGCUGCCUGGAGAAAAGCGGAGGCCUGGGCUACCCGCCUCGGGAGGAGGGACCCGAGGAGGGAUCCCAGCCACUAUGGAGGACCCGCAUCCUGAAGAGACCAUGGAGCAGCAGGAUUCGUCCAAGGAGAGGAGUCCCCGCAGUCCAGGAGGCGACGUGUGCCACCUGGGGGCCCCGCAGUGCACCCGCUGCCUCAUCACCUUCGCCGAUUCCAAGUUCCAGGAGCGUCACAUGAAGCGGGAGCACCCAGCGGACUUCGUGGCCCAGAAGCUGCAGGGGGCUCUCUUCAUCUGCUUCACCUGUGCCCGCUCCUUCCCCUCCUCCAAGGCCCUGAUCGCCCAUCAGCGUGGCCACGGUCCAGCCACCAGGCCCUCCGUGCCAGCUGCACCCGCCGCUGCCCCGCCUACCUUCCCCUGUCCUGACUGUGGCAAGACCUUUGGGCAGGCAGCUUCUCUGAGGCGGCACCGCCAGGCGCAUGAGACCCGCACCCCUCCUGGCCCCUUCGCCUGCACUGAGUGUGGUCAGGACUUUGCCCAGGAGGCUGGGCUGCAUCAACACUACAUCCGGCAUGCUCGGGGGGAGCUCUGAGUGAAGGUUAAGCCCUCCCUAUGGCAGCGGGGGUUCUGUGGCUGCUGAAACCCACCUCUGGUAUAGGAUGGGGGCCUUGGAAGGAUUUGCUUCCCUCCCGGGACAGGCAAAGGACUUCUGAUAAAUAGGACCCAGAAGAUUCUCAUCUAGAGCUUCAGUCUUUGGAGGACACAAAGGCCUUCAGGGAUACAGUGAAAUUAGACAAUAGUGAAAUCUUUUGUUUAAAAAAAAAAAGCAAGCAAAAGGGAAAAUUGUUGUAUCUCCCUCAUUCCCAAUUAAAUAGUUUGAAAUCACAACUA